AUGGAACCACCAUUUAUCUAUGGCAUUCUUAUUGCCUUUCUCCUCUCUGCCGCCCUCUCUCCGCUCUCAACCACUGCCACAACAACAGACCUUGGUGCCGUGAAAUUUCAACAUUCUGUCACCAUAUCCCAAACAAAUCUCCCCGAAUUUCAACCACAAAACUGGCCUUCCUAUCUCACUUCCAUUGAUUUCUCAGGCAAAAAUCUCGUAGGUACAAUACCCACUUCCAUAGGGAACUUGUUGUAUCUCCAAAACUUGUCAUUGGCAUCUAACUCCCUAACUGGGCCUAUCCCGAGUUCUAUAUCAGAGAUGCAUGAACUUGUACACCUCGAUCUCAGCUCAAAUCAACUCAAUGGGACAGUCCCACAAUUCAUUUCAGAUAUCAAGAAUCUAAAGUUCUUGAAUCUUGAAAACAAUAAAUUCCGUGGCGUGCUGCCAUUUAAGGAGUCUUUUAUUAGCAGAUUGGUUGUUUUCAGAAUAGGCUGGAAUAAUGAUCUUUGCUAUAAUCGCACAACAUUUUCUCAAGACAUGAAACUUGGGAUUUCUCCUUGUGACAGACAUGGACUGCCAAUUGCCAAACCAAUGGCGAUAUAUUCAGUUAAAGAAAGUGAUUGUGAUUGUGACGAUAAAGAUGAUAAAGGGUUGAAGCCGCAUGACCAUAGGCAUCCUAGACACGUGGUUUUUGCUCUGGCAUUGAUCCUUUCAUGCGGUAUUUUUCUUAUUCUUGCAUUGGUUAUGCUCUCCAAAAAGUGUUCAUGA